AUGACCAUUCCCCAGCUUGAUGGCCUUCAGAUUGAGGUGCUGAACCCGGAGGACGUGGCGAAGGCGACUGGCCCGGAGACCAAAGCGGGCGACACUAUUAAAGUGCACUACAAGGGCACACUCACCAGUGGCACGAAGUUUGACUCCAGCUACGAUCGCGGUGACCCGCUCGCUUUCACGGUCGGCGAAGGCCAAGUCAUCAAGGGCUGGGAUCAGGGUCUCCUCGGCAUGAAGGUUGGCGAGAAGCGCAAGUUGACCAUCGCCCCUGAACUCGCCUAUGGCAACCGGGCUGUCGGCGGCGUUAUCACCCCCAACUCUACCCUCAUCUUUGAGACAGAGCUUGUCGCGAUUAACUGA